AUGGCUCGCCGCUCAGCACCACCAGGCUCUGGCCCCGCAUACGUUCCAAAGAACGCUGCGUUACACCCUUCUCGGAGGCAGAUUACGGACCCCGACGAAUCCACUUUCUCUCGUUUCCUUCGCGAGGAAAUUUACGCGCCCGAGAAGCUACCAGGCAAUAUCAGUGUUUUUACGGGUGUUGGGGCUUUUCUUGCAGGAAUUGUUGUUGUAAGGACAUGGGGUGACCUUCUCAUUCCUGCAUGA